CAGCCCACCAGCAGCUGCACACCUCAAGCCUUGUCAAAAGGGAAAAAUUAAAAAGUUAAAAGACCGCAAAAUGUCAAAGCCAUUUCCUACCCGGUCAAGUCUUAACCCAAAGAAGAGAAGCAAAUCCUUAGCUGGCACUUUAUCCGCAUGUUCAAUAUCGCGGAAGGCCGGGCGUGUCGAAACUUUGGCUGCAGUAGACUCGUCCGCCAGUCAUUCUUCGUAAUUCAAGACAAAUCCACCAAACACACCACACCUCCUUCCCGCACGAGUAGUUAUUUCAACCAACCAAACAUCUCUCCAUGAGCGAGGUAGCACUCACAAUAUCACUCACCCGGUUCCUGGGUUUUUCACAGCUUGUUAGAAGGCUCCAACCACUGCCAUGCCUCCUGUCACUCCUGUGUCGUCCUCCAUGGGAUUUCCUAUAUCUCCCCACAGCUUUCCCCACGACCAUCAAUGAAGAGUUGCUCUCUUUUCCUCUCCAUCAUUUGUACUUUUGAAGUUACACAUAUAUUGAACUUGGUUCCAACGCUCAUUCAUGCACUCGCAAUCGGACUUCGAACAAUCGAACAAAUACCUUAUACUUCGCCCUCCUCGGCCACAUCUAUAUAGCACUUCAUCUGUGCUUCAGCAAUUACUGUCGUCAUUUCCUUUCGCAUCUCGAAACGUUAAUGACACCUGAAGGUAACACUUCUUCCACAUGUCCAUCCUCAGUUAUUAAGCUCUAAUAUGCUAGAUACUUACUAGUAGCCUAUGCAGAUACCUCUAACCGAUUCCAAUCCGCCGACCGUCUAUAAUAUCACGAUAUAUUUGACAAUCUCCUUCAAUAUGUACCAUUCAAAUCGCGACGCGCUGCCAAUUUAUCAGCCAUCUGAUGGCAGGUCCAUGAGCUUUGGGGUAGAACCUCUUCCAUAUCACGACAAUGGCGAUGAUAGGGCGCAGAAGCCCAAUUUCAAUCCACCACGACUCCCACCCAUAUCUUCAUUGCUAUCAUCUUUACCACCGGGACAAGUUGAAGAGGGUCAGGCAUUUGAGGACUCAUAUCGUCCGCCGUCGCAAGGGCCACGAUCUCCAAUGGCACUGGAUAGGCCCAUGUACCUGCAUCAACAAGAACGAAGUCCUCGAGAACUUGAACGUUCCUUCAAACAUUCGCAGAGCCCUCUCUCACCAUACUCGACGUGCCCGCCCACGCCAAUGUCAGAGGUGUUCGCGACCAGGAAAGGAUCUGUUGCAGCUCAUCACCAUGGUCCAUUUGCUCCUCCCAGGUAUGUUUUUUUGGUAUCCAUCGCAAUGGAUGAAGGCUCAUUAUGCUCAAAGGGCCCCAAGCUCCCACAGCCGGAAUGUAGAUUGGUCGUCAUGCAACAACCAAUAUCCGCCAGAGCUUGUGGAUACGGAGACAAGGAUCGUCGAAUGAUAGACCCGCCACCAAUCCUGACGCUUGAAGUAUUUGAUAAGGACACAGGCCAACCUGUGAAUCCAAAAGACAGAAAGAAAAUUUUGAAGAAUUUUAUGCCGAUAGUGCAUUGCACAUUAUGGAAUCCAUACACGAAUUGCGAGGACGACAAGAUUGAGGGAAGUAGUGAUCGGCGGAACCAAAGGAGAAUGGUAGGAACUAUGGUCUGUAACGGUUUCAAGGCACUAGAUCCUCAGGGGGAUGAACGAUUCUUCUUCACUUUUGCCGACUUAUCAGUUCGAUUCCCGGGAGACUAUCGACUGAAAUUCAGAUUAACACUGAUAGAUCCAGCUGGGAUGGGGAAGGGUCAAAAGAAUGGAAUCAUGAGUCCGCUUUUGAGCAAUAUUUUUAAAGUCCACAAUGCCAAAGAUUUUGAAGGUAUGAGGCCUAGUUCGGACUUAGCCAAAUCUCUGGUUAGUCAAGGGUAUCCCAAUAUUCUCAAGAUCAAGAAAGGAAAUGCGAAGACGAUCGCUAUGGUGGGCCAAGGAGGACAGGAAGAAGAAGAAGAUGACGAUGAUGAGAUGGGAGGUAUGUAAACCAAUUCUCGCUGGAAAUAUUGAUGAAGAACCGGCCCCAGGUCUAGUGAAUGGUGGCUCGGGUUGUGAGGAUGAAGACUUAUGAAUUCCGAUUUUUGCAUCGGAUUGAUUAUUGGUCCGUUGAAAGAAGGCGUUAGCGUCUCAAAAUGGUUGCUUUUGUGAUGAUGAUAUUUGGACAACGAUACGACUUUAUGAAAUUAUGAGAAGGAAGGGCAUGGCAUUGGCAUUGGCAUUGGCAUCGGCAUUGUACUGAUAAAUUGUACUGGCUUUUGAGGGAAUCUUUGGUAUUAUGAUCAAAAUUCACCCAAAUUUUGCAUUUUAACAGAUUGUUAUUAUAGCAAUGGAUGAAUGAUAUAGGAGUGCUUAUGAAUAUAUAACCAAUAGCAAUUAAAAUGAU